AGCGCCGACUUGUCGGUAGAAUCCGCGGAAUGAACGAUCCACCCCGAAAAAGUUUUGAAAGUGAACUCAUUGUGGCAAAGAAAGUGCAACCCGAAUGAGAGGAUCAGCACUUCCUGAACGCAAAUCGAAUCGCCUUGGCUUCUGAUUCACUGGGACUGAGUCCGCGGCUAAUUGGGAUUUCUGUGCGCGAAUCCGACGGCUUUUAGCGAUCGUAAGCCACUCAAAAUCGGUCUUUAUAGCAGAGUUCUAUAAAUACCCACGGCCUGGUGGCAAUUCAGGUUCAUUAGUGCAAGUGAUAUUCUGGAGGAAAGGUUAUCGUGCUAUUUGUGUGGCCAGCAGUCUCUAUAUCAUUUUAUUAGGGGAACAGCAGCCAGCAACCAGCGGCUAGCGACGCAAUGCAAUCAUCGACCGAUGCGGGCAAUGGUGGACCAAGAAAACACACGCAGAGCACAGCCCCCCAGAAGCAGCCGGAGAUUAGCGAGACCACCUCCUUCACCAUAAGCGCCACGAACAGCCAGCAGCAGCCGAGUCCCGGUGGACCCGCCAGCAGCACCCCCAGCAAAAAUCCCUUCAAGCAGCAGUUGGACAGCAAUCAGCAGAAUGGCAACAUGGACCAGGACUGCGGGAUCCUGGGCGUCGGCAAGCAGCCGCCGGCUCCGCCCCCGCCCACCUACCAGUCGCAGGCCUACGGAGGACGACAGGCUCCGCCGCCAGCGGAUCAGUACCGCGAGGAGGAUCCACGCGCUGCCGGGACCUGGUCCGCCGCCAAGUCCUGGAUGGUCAGCUGGCGGGGCUCCAACCGCCUGGUCCUCGUCAUCGUGGCCAUAGCCCUGCUCCUGGACAACAUGCUGCUGACCACAGUGGUGCCCAUCAUACCCGAGUUCCUGUACGACAUACGACAUCCUGAUGCGCCGCUCGACAGCUUUCCUCGCACCCCGCUGUCCUCCAUUGUGCCACCGCUCCCGACGCCGUGCCCCUGCAACAAGGAUGGCAGCGAGGCGGCCCCGCCCGAGAUCACCACGAUUAGUCCGGAGGAGAACGAGACCUACUACCGGGAGCUGGAACGCCACAACGAGCUGGUGGGCGAGACCGUCGAGGUGGGUCUCCUGUUCGCCUCCAAGGCGUUUGUCCAGCUGCUGGUUAACCCAAUUGUAGGACCCCUAACUCACCGCAUUGGCUACAGCAUUCCCAUGUUCGCGGGCUUCGUGAUAAUGUUUCUAUCAACCAUCAUUUUCGCCUUUGGCCGCUCUUACCUGGUUCUGUUUGUGGCGAGGGCACUGCAGGGCAUUGGAUCAUCUUGCUCCUCGGUUUCUGGAAUGGGUAUGCUGGCUGAUCGGUUCACGGACGACAAGGAGCGUGGAAAUGCCAUGGGUAUAGCGUUGGGCGGUCUGGCCUUGGGGGUGCUUAUAGGUCCUCCCUUUGGCGGGGUGAUGUACGAGUUCGUGGGCAAGUCGGCUCCGUUCCUGAUCCUGGCUGCUCUGGCCCUGGGCGAUGGCCUGCUGCAGUUGUUCAUGCUGCAACCCUCGAUCCAGAAGGCCGAAACGGAACCACCCUCGCUGAAGAGCCUCAUCAGCGAUCCCUACAUCCUGAUUGCCGCUGGUGCUAUCACUUUCGCCAACAUGGGAAUCGCCAUGCUGGAGCCCUCGCUGCCGCUUUGGAUGGUGGACAACAUGGGCGCCACCCGCUGGGAGCAGGGCGUGGCAUUCCUGCCGGCCUCCAUUAGCUACCUAAUUGGCACCAAUCUCUUCGGACCGCUGGGACACAAAAUUGGACGUUGGUUCGCCGCCUGCUUGGGCCUGAUCAUCAUCGGAGGAUGCUUGAUUUUCAUACCUAUGGCCACCUCGAUCACCCACCUGAUUAUACCAAACGCCGGCCUGGGCUUCGCCAUCGGAAUGGUGGACUCCUCGAUGAUGCCGGAGCUGGGCUACCUGGUGGACAUCCGGCACUCCGCCGUGUACGGCAGUGUUUACGCCCUGGGCGAUGUGGCCUUCUGCGUGGGCUUCGCCGUGGGACCCGCGUUGUCCGGAUCGCUGGUGAAGAGCAUCGGAUUCAAGUGGAUGCUGUUUGGAAUCGCCAUCCUGUGCUUCAUGUACGCCCCCCUGCUGACGCUGCUGAAGAAUCCGCCGACGAGCGACGAGAAGAAGUCUUUGAUCUAUGGUCGCGAUCGGGCCCAGGUACGUUACGUCACCUAUCAGAACUACGAAGAAGACGAAUAAGCAAACGAUUUAACUCCAACGCAAUGUUGCCAAAAGUGCAACCAAAAAUCCCAAAAAAAAAGAACGGUAAUAAAAUCUAAAAAAAAGAUCAAAGGGACACAAAGUAACCAUAACCACAACCAACAAUAUCAGAAAUAUCAUAUGAAUUUUCAAAUGAAAUCGUUAUUCUUGUUCAAUGUUUUACACAAGUUGCACUAUAGUAUUUAUAUAUAUACCAAUGAUCACAUCCAUAAGUUACCUCCCCCAAAAGUUUGGCACACGUUAAAGUCAAACUCUCAAAUAUCACAAAUAGUAAUAUAGACGAAAGAGAAGGUUGAGUGAAAAUAGGCUCUGCGAUGAGCUGGAUGUUCGAUGUGACGGGUAAGAGAUUGUUUUGAGUAGGAAAAAGAAAAUAAGUAUCCUAAGAACCCUACUACAUAUUGGAGGCAAUUUAGUGGCCAAAGGUUUGGAAACUAUCUUUUUUUGGUAGUACAAUUGACGCAUCGAAAACAGCAGAUGUAGGUGUACGAAGAGCUUAAUGAGCUUGUAAGAGUCUUUCCUUGAAAGACUCUACUCCCAGCAAGGAAGGUUAAUUGCCGAUUCAAUAAGCAGGCGCCCGCAAUUGCAUUGAUUUAAUGGGGAAUCCAAAGGAGCGCGAUAUAUGUUGAAAAUGCCACACCUUACUGUUUAAUUUGGAAUACACUUUUCGGAUUUUGUUGGGUUAGGAACAUUUAAAAGUCAAACACCUGCGAUGAAACCAACUAAUCUCACAUACUUUCUAUUGAAAAGAAAUUAAGGGAGUGCAUGGGUGACUUCUGGGACAGAUAUCAUCUGUUUUCUUAAAAUGAUCUAUCCCAGAAGUCACUUAUACAAUCCCCCAUUUUCCUUUCUCAUAUACGCAUCAAACGCAGCUUCUCCGAAUACACGUUGAUGUUGACCUGACAGGCAUCCUGUUCCUCUGAACUGCUUCUCCUUUCUCUAGGCGUUGGUGAAGAUCCCCUCAUCCUCACAUGGUUCAGGCUGAAGGCUAGAUCCCUAUCCGCAGUUCUUGAAGUAGUAAUCCUAAUGGGCAUGUUGUUCAGAGUGGUGACGAAGGGAUGGCUUCUAUUGAGCUCCUUGGGCUCAUUCACCCGGGCAUUGGAUGAGUGCCUCAUGCUACAGCUGCUCCGCCCUCCACUGGUGGUCACCGUGACAUGGACAUUGCCAUUAGAAGUGCCCGAACUACUGCGAUCCAGACGUCUUGGGAUGGUGGGAGCGGUGCUCCCCUGGUGGCUACGAAUUGGGGUAGGACUUCGGCUAGAGGAGAGAUUAUCACUCCUGUUUGGGGUAGAGGAACGGGAGGUGGGAGCUCGGGGAGGUGUAGGGGAACGGGAGCUGGAAUUCCGAUUAAAGAUAGGAGGGGGAGUUAGCGACCGAGUUGCGGAUCGUACGGUUCUUGCGUCCUGAUUAGCCCGAGCUGUGCGUCUUUCCUUUGGCCUGGGCAGAUCCCUGGAGGUCUGCAUACGCUGAGGUCUUCGGGAGGAUAAGUCGCAGAAGGCCAUUCCGGGUAACCGGUCGUCGGAGGUAACAGUGUACAAAUGCGAGGUCAUUGGAACCGGCGGUCGGGAAUUAUCAGGCUCCAGACGCAGUUGCUCCAUCCGUUGGCGACGCGAUUCCUCCUGGAGGGCACAAAACCGAUUGUAUUCCCUGUGCCGCUGCGUUUCGCGCUCCAGCUCCCGCAAACGAUGAUUCUCGCGUUCCACCUCCAGCUCCAGAAGACGCUCCUCAUCCCGCAUGCGCUCCAACUGGCGGAGCUGCUCGCGAUCUCGCUCCCGCUGACGGGCACGUUCCCGAUCCUCCUUGAGCUCUCUUUCCCGCUCCAACCUUAGGUCCUCCAGAAGCUGACGGUCUCGCUCCCGCUCUCUCUGUCGCUCCGCUUCCCUGGCCUUCUCCCGUUGCCGGAGAUCCCAUUCCGGGCUGGUCCUUGGCCUAGUCUCGCUCACAUUGAACUUGGACAGUCGUUUGUCGAUGCCAAAGGUACCAGAAGAUCUGGGAGAACUCCGCUCCUGCUGCGACUUGGACUUCACCUUGUCCGUAUUGUUCAGCAGGUAGGCAUCCGCCUCGAUCUUUAUGCUCACAUUGUUGUCCACCUCGGAUUGCGGAUCCACACUGCAGAUGUUUAUGCUAAUCUCGCAGCCGCUUCUCUUCGUCUGCAGCUGGGUGUUGGAACCACUGGAGAAGGUGGUGGUUGAGGCACGUUGGACCCCUCCCCCAGUGGAUCGCUGGACAUUUAUGCUACUGGUAUUCAGGGUCAUGGUGCUCCCACCCCGUCUCAUUGCCUGGUACUCCCCUCUUUGACAGCAGCUCCUCAGGGGCGGGGAAUCCGUGACAGUGGGUGAUCGUCUCGUCUGCGGGGCCACCGGCACACUCUGCCUCUCCGGCGGAGCCACCAAAGGUGCCGAGGGCAUAGUCUUGGAGUCCCGCAGUGGUUGACGUCUCCGGUGCUCACUGAAGGAACUGGUGGGUGGCCGCCUUGUGGCGGGAAUGUACUCGGGAUCGUGGCUGAACCUGGGAUUAUAAUAGAAGGUCUGGAAGGAGGGCUUCUUCACCAGGGGCGGCGCAGUCGGCCUUUGAUAAUUCUGGGCCGGAUAAAACGGUUUGUCGGCAUAGCGAAAGUUGUACGACUGAAUUUUGAAUGGGUCCCCAUGGAAGACAUCGCCCGCCUGGCGACGCGAUGGAUCUGUCACAAAAGAAGGCUUGGGAAUUAGUUUUGACAGUGUUUAGUUCUCGAACAGCAACUCACACAAAAUACGUUUCAUUUAGGGCAGAUAAUUUUGGGCUUUCCAAGAACGUGGGGCCAAAGAGAUUGUGAGUUUGGAAAUAGCGUGCCAAUCAUAGAAAUUGAUUUUUUUUUACAAAAUAUUCAAACGAGUCAAAAUGGGAAUUUUUCAUGGGCUAGAACCGAAAACCCAGGCAACUUUGGUUCUCGGUUCUGUCUAUUUAUCGUUCGCUCCUGAAUCCCAUUAAAACUUUUUGGCAAUACGGCGUAGCAAUUGGUCGGUAUUAAAGGGCAUUACUCCACAACGGAGACCCACCUUCCUUAAGUAAAUCAAUUUCAUAUUUCAAGUUGUUAAUGUUAAAUUAAAGUAACUAUAUUACCAAAAAUCUUGUAAAAUUGUUGCCCACGUAGCACACACACAAGUUAUCUGACAAAAUAAGGGAAUAAUUGAUAAAAUUUUGGUACCGAGUUGUACGCGGAAUAUGAAUACCAUUCCAUAUAACCUAAAUAUUUAUAGUGGGAUUAUACGCGUUCACAAUUUUGGAAAUAAUUAUUUUGUGGCAUUUUAUGUUUUCAAUUUUCUAGUGGGGAAUUAAAUCGCUAAAUUGAGUAUUUUACAAUUUUUAAAUACAACUAAAAUGACUUCUCAUUUUUAGCUCUUCCCACCCAAAUUUUAGGGCUUUUCCUCAUAAGUAUUACCGACUUUGUUCCCCUACUUAAUCAGAUCAACUUUUAUCGUAAGGAUAUUGCCGCAAGGCACUUGAAUGGCUGCAAGUGUCUUUAAGCGUUGUGAUCGGAUAUAUCAUGUAAAAUCCUCUUUAAAGCACAAGUUCCCUUUGUUGGGUCUAUGAGUCAUUAUUUUGGACGCGUUUACCCUACACAAUCCUAAUCAAAAGUACUGUAAAGGAAGAUAACUCUGUAAUGGUCGAAAAAGGCACAUGAAGGCCAACAAAAUGUAGUUAAUCGCAGGUAUACAAUGAGGUUAUAUUGACAAACUGUAUAUAAGAAUAGCUGAAAUACUUGCUGAUUAUCAUCGUUGUUCUAUUGUUGUGAAAAUUGAACUACUCAAAUAAAUAUCUAGAUACAUUCAUAGCACACGAGAGAUUCUACGUUGUGUUCGUUAUAACUUUUCACGCUUUGAAGAAUUGCCGAAUUCAAUCAUGCAACACGCGUUUUAUAACUAAGGGACUCUUCAAAAAUUGCAUAUUAUAGCAGCAUACAUAUGUAGUACAAGACAUUGUACAGGGUAUGCAACUCCAAAGUACAUAUGAUAUUUAACAAAGGUUUUGUUCGGUUUUCAUAAAGUUGUUGUGUAAGUUUAUGCUUCAACCCCCCUUCCGGGGGCACAGCAUUCAAUAUAAACGUGUGAAUUAGACAAUAUAGCUUCUAACUGAAUAGUGCAGCAUACUCAAUACUCAACCAUAUUAUUCGUAAUCAAGUCGUUAUUGUUGCCUAGCUAUGUUCAAAUGUUGCAUAAGUGUUAUGAUAUUAACAGUCCAAAAAAAGCUGGUAUGGGGUCAAACAAACAACAAUGCUAAAACAACUAACCAAAGCGUUUUGUGCACAGUAUUAAAAUAUUCAAAACUAUGCCUAACUCGAUAUACUUAACGUUUACUGUAUGUAUUUGCUAACUUAGAUAAUCGCACACACAUACUCUCUCUCAAAAGUUCGUAUUCGAAAGACCGCAAACAAAACCUAUAGUUUAGCGCGAGCAUAUUAGUCAAAAUAAAACAGAGUAUUUAAUAUGGAUACCAGGGCAUAUAUUAGCUACUAAAUAUAUGUACUAUAGUUCUGUAACGAUUAUCACAUUUUUACUCAAACCUUGAAGCUAUGUGUACUCAUGUCAUGCCAUGCCAUGUUUAUAGGGUGAGAACCGGGAGAAAUCGGAACAAAAAAUGCAUAUAUACUAUUUAUAAAUAACGAUGACCAAGUAGAAUAUAUAACUAUACUAAAUAAAAUUAUAUACGAACCUAAAAUACCAACUAUCUAUACACUCAACUAAAAUAUGUAUAACCUAUACACUAGUCAUUUGACAUAUGUUUAUUUCAUAGAGAUAUUGCUAACUAAGCUGAUACCGAUAUCGGAAAACCAAACGAAAUUGCGUUGAGUUUAAUAUACUCGUCCAUCAUAUAAAUUUGAAACAAGGCAAAUGCGAAAUACAAAUAUGUAACUGAAGUUGUUGGUGAAUAAACAAGCUACAAAA